CUGUAUUUCACCAGCUUUGUUUAUUUUUUAAGUCAUUUAUAGCUACGCAGUGCCUUCGAUCAGUUCGUGGAAAUUUAAUUACAAUUUUUUAUAUUAAUAGAAUCGCCAAUUUUGCCCAAGCAUAUAAAUUUUCCGAGGAUUUAAACAGCAUUUAUAGCUGAACUGACUAGAAUCAGCGAAAUGGAAAGCAUUUAACAACAUCAAGGCACUUAAAACUUGGGAUUCUCCUGAGGUAGCGACAUUCGAAAAACAUUUUAUUUAAAAAAAAAGUACUUGCUGUACUGUGAAACAUAAAGUUACACAAACAAAAGGUAUUGCUGUUAUCACAGAUACAAUACACAUGUGCUCAUAUCUUUGAAUCUAUGUAUAGCUGUAGAUAACAUUUUGUGUCGUUUUCAAUUCUUUUUAUUACUUCCAUUACAUUCAUGUGCCAAACGUGAAAAAAAGAAGUGCGCCUGUUUUACAAUCGAUUGUACAAAAAUAGAUUUUUUUAAAGAGGAUCUUGUGCUGAUUUUCAGUUUUGUGUCAACUUAUAUGAAUUAAUCAAAGUUCUUAAGUUAAAUGAACUGAGUGCUGAUAAAGUGAGCGUAAAGAGAGUAUCACGAGAAAUAGCCGAAAAAAACUUAGAGUAAGAAAAAACACAAACAGAGAACCGAACAUAAUUACUUUAUUUUAAAUCCGACAAUAAGGAAGACAACUACAUUGCGGUUGGGGUAAGGAAAGAAAAACAGAAUGAAUUUCGUUAAAAGCUUUUGGUCUUCCGUUACAACAACAUCGCCAAAUGGUGAAGUGCAACAGCAACCAAACACAAUUCAUGCAACACAGCCUGCCAAUUUUAAUUCAGUGUCAUUCACGACAACAACUACAACAGCUGGAAAUUCAAUAAUAAUUACAACAGUUCCAGCAACACCACAAAACACUCAAGGGAUUGUCUAUCAUAAUCAAAACAUUAGUGACUUAAAGCCACAACAAAUGGCAUCGCCAACAGAUAGUUUUCAUUCGACAACAUCAAAUUUUGAGCAGCAGAAUAAUGGAAAAGUAAAUUUAGCUUAUACUGGCAGUUCAUCGGAAAUUAAUAAUAACAGUAAUAAUGACCACAUUCACAUCCAUCAUCACCAUAGCAAUUCAAAUGUACAGUCGCACGGACGCAAUCAAGUCGUCGUUAGAGAACAAUAUUGGAGUUGGAAUUGGCCUUGGGAGCGAUGGAAUUUGAGAGAAAAGAUAUUUUUAAUUGUUAUAAUAGUUUUAUCACUAUGUGUUUUAACAUUAACGUCAAUUUUGUCUGUCGUGCUACAAAAAAACUUUCAAUAUAGAGACAUGCUCAUAUCAAAGCUAGGCAGCGACGCAGUAAGCAUUUUUUCCUAAUAUUAAUGGAAAUGACUAACAUCUUGUGAACCAAAUGUAAUUUAUUUUGUAUGUUUUCUAUUUAUCAGAUUAAAAUUUUAAUGAUUAAUACUCGAGUCGGGCAAGGUUGUUGUUAUUUUUUCGACAAUGACACAGGUGUUCAGUCUAGAUUUUGAGUAUUGAUUUGUGAUCAAAAACUAGGUUUAUCGCUUGAUACUAUCGAGAUUUCCUUAUCAUUACAGAAAUCGACUUAACUGCUAGAAAAAGUAAUUUUGCGGCGAAAUUUCCUCGUCAUCGUCAACUUUUACAUCUGUAUCUUUUACUACAGCUAAUUUGGUUGGACUUUGUUGGGAAUUGCCUGUAUUUUUAACUUCCUUAUCAUCAUUCAAAACAUCAGCAAAGAUUGGAACUUCCUCGGGUUUUACUAUGAACAUUGGAUUAUCUCCGACUUUUCUAGUAAAAACUUCUUCCUGUAAAGUUUUAACGAAUUCCUUUUGCUC